AUGUUUCCCCCCAUGCUAGCCCCAUUUUUCCCCUCCUUUCCCCCCUGCUUCCCCCCUUUCCCCCCACGGCUUCCCCUCCUUUCCCCCCUUGCUUCCUCUCCUUCCCCCCCCAGCUUCCCCCCUUUUCCCCCACGGCUUCCCCUCCUUCUCCCCCCUGCUUCCCCUCCUUUCCCCCCAUGCUUCUCCUCCCUCCCCCCCCUGCAUCCCCUUCUUUCCCCCCUUGCCCUCCUUUCCCCCCCUGCUUUACCUCCUUUCCCCCCCUGCUUCUCCUCCUUUCCUGCUUCCCCUCCUUUCCUCCCCCUGCUUCCCCUCCUUUCCACCCCUGCUUCCCCCCUAUUCCCCCACGGCUUUCCCUCCUUCCCCCCCCUUCUUCCCCUCCUUUCCCCCCAUGCUUCUCCUCCCUUUCCCCCCUGCAUCCCCUCCUUUCCCCCCUUUGCUUGCCAUCCUUUCCCCCCACUGCAUCCCCUCCUCUCCCCCCCGGUUUCCCCUCCUUUCCCUCCCUGCAUCCCCUCCUUUCACUCCUUGCAUCCCCUCCUUCCUCUCCCUGUUUCCCCUCUUUCCCCUCCCUGUUUCCCCUCCUUUCCCUCCUGUUUCCCCUCCUUUCCCCCCCUGCAUCGCCUCCUUCCUCUCCCUGUUUCCCCUCCUCUCCCCCCCUGCAUCCCCUCCUUUCCCUCCCUGCAUUCUCUGAUUUCCCCCUCUGCUUCCCCUCCUUUAACUCCCUGCAUUGUCUCCUUUCCAUCCCUGCAACUCUCCUUCACCCCAUCUCACCCAAGCAACUCCCUUUCUCCUCACUUGCCAUUUCCUGCCGCUAUAUGCAUUGGAUGUGUCUGCCAUGACUGUCCCCAUUCACCCCACCCAUCCUCCACGCUCCCCAUCUCUCCCAUCCCAUUCCUCCCUCCCCCCAUCUCUUCCUCACCCCAUCUCUUCCUCGCCCCAUGUCUUCUUCACCCCAACUCAUCCUCACCCCAUCUCUCCCUCACCCCGCCUCUCCCUCACCCCAUCUCUCCCUCACCCCAUCUCUCCCUCACCCCAUCUAUCCCGCCUUCUAUCUAUACCCCCCAUGCCCCCCAUUUCAUCCUCUUCCCAGCAAUUCCUCGGCCUCUAAGCGGUAAGCGUGUGGGCAAGGAGGCAGCCAUCCGCACCAACACCAGCCUUUCUCCUGUUCACAGCGUGCAGCUCUAUGCUCGAUCCGCUCGUGCCUUCACCGUCUAUUUGGGCACGCUCUGA